AUGUGGUGGUUUGUGGUUGUGAUUUUGCGGUGGCGUAGUAGUGGUGUGUUGGGGCGUGUGGGUGUGUUGGUUCGACGCCGUGGGUACGGCGGAUUGGCUGUUGUUUGCUGUUGGUGGAUCUGUGGGGUAGUGGUCGUUGGUGGCGGAUCUAUUGUUGGUGGUGGGCUGUUGGCUAGCUGCCCGUUACUGGAGCAACUGUUGCUGGAUCUCCUAAUUGAAUUUGACAACUUGGAAAUUGAUGCUCCUAUGCUAAGACUCUUUCAACUUCGAUGUUUCUGUUCAUCUAUUUAUAUAAAGAGAUCCCAACAUCUUGUAGCAGUUAUAGUUACUGCUCACGAUCAUUAUGCAGUUGACGACAUUAACUAUGGAAACUGUAACUUCGUUAAGUUCUUUGAUUCCCUUUCAGCCCUUCAUAAACUGUGCAUGGACUUCCCGCCCUUGUUAGCGCGGUUAACUAUGUUCAACCAUAAUUUUUCCUUCUGCUUUCUAGACUUCGUCUGCAUGUCAAGUCCAAACAAUGCUUCCAACUUCCUUAAUCCACCUUAA